AUGAUUGAUGAUAUUAUUAAUAUUCAGAACGAAGAAUCUGAGCAAUAUAUUAACUCAUCUAGUGAUGAUGAUGAAGAGUCUCAUAACUUAAACGAUGAUGAAUCAAUUGAUGACAAUGAACUGGAUUUAGAUAAUUAUGAUGAUGACUUUUUUGCAGUUCCAAGCUCUAUUGAACUUGAUUACAAUUCAGAUCAGGAAAUUCCUGAAACUAUAAAUAAAAAAAUACUUUCUGACGUUUCAAUCAAUUCUUUGAUUGGAUUCAUCAACAUUAUUUUGAAAGAUAUUAAUUCAAAUCAGUUUAAAGAAUUUUCUUUAACCGUUUACAUGACUAGAAAAUUAUUAAACAUCAAAAAAAAGUCAAAAACGUAUGCCGUAUGUCCCAAAUGUGAUAAGUUGUAUAAUAUUGCAGAUAUUAUGCUAAAUAACUCAAUAUAUAUCGGGAGUGGAUUCAAAUGUACUUAUAUCAAAUUUCCUAAUCAUCCAAUGCAAAGUCAUUGUAAAUCUUGUAGAGCAGAACUGUUAGAAAAGAUACCAACAGUCAAAAAUUAUGCUUGGCGUCCAAAAAAGAUAUAUACAUUACCAUCUUUAAAGAAGAUAGCUAUCUCCCAUCAAAAUUAUGAAGAUGAAGAAUAUAUAAGAAUAUAUAAUGAUGAGAAAUAA